GUGUUCUCUGCCAGUGUCACCUGCAGCUUCAGAACCGACCCAAACCAAGACCACACUAUCGGGCCAAUGUAAAUCUUCCCUGUGCCUCACUCUUGAGACAUUGUUGGCCAGAUAAGACACCUGUGACAAACUGUCCUUGUUAACCAUCAUUUUUUACGACUUUCCAUCUGUCAUCAACCACUGUUUCGAACACUUCAUCCUAAAUCGCGAUUCCCCGCCACCAGCGCCCCUCGUCUCCGCGUCGCGCCGCUUUCAACGGCGAAGCUCUGUGCCUCUCGCUCCUCUAGCGUCGGGAUUAACAAUUCUCUCGCGUUGCAUUAUUCAUCACGAUUGGCACCGCUGAUUUUAUUGCGAAUUGGCCCUUAUUCCUUGUUGAGGCGGUCACAUCUCCACCAGAGCACCCGUCGACUUUGGCAGGGAAGACGAAUAUCGAGACCUCCCCUCGGUUGGCCGCUCGGCCAUACCGGAGUCAUGCCGCCGGGCUCAGCCGAAAAGAAGGCUGAGAAGUCAUAUCUCGCCUCGGCUGUUGACUCGAUCAACCCCUGGGCCGGAAGCCGCAGUGCAACCCCGACACCAAAAGACCCCCAGCCGGCAGUGGUUCCGUCAAACCCUGGGGACCAUGUGACGAACCCCUUCUAUGGCCAAAGCUCGGGGCGGUAUCCGCCAGAUUGUCCACCGUUGAAAGUGAAAUGGUUCCACGCGGUUGAUAUCCCGAAGCGCAAACCUAAAUUUAUGUCGGCUAAGAGUACCGAGGACGCAAAACCGACUCCGCCCAAAAAGUUCGUCUCGUUCUCUGUCGAAGACUCCCGCGCCAUCGAGGUUGCGUACCAGGGAAAGCUGCAGGAACUAGAACGAGAAAAGGAGCAAAACAAUGGGCCUAAUGGCCCAGGAAUCGGAGCCAAACGGCCCCGCGCAGCUUCUACCGAAGGUACACAAGACGCCGACUCGACGGCUUCUCACACUACCGUUCCAGUGAACGAGGAUUUUCUGUUUGAUGUUAACCUAGAGGACCGUGAACUUUCGCCUGUAUACUGGGAGGGUCCUACUUACCAUGUCCGACGCGGAAGCUGGUUCUACCAGGAGGGCUCGGCCCUCCGCCCCUGUGAGGAAAAUCUAGCUGCUCAGCUGGAGGAGGGUUAUCUUAAAACCAAACCCUGGCAGUAUCUGCCGAGGGCGCGGAGCAACUCUGCGUCCAAAACGGUUGCCCCAAAAACUUCGGCGAGUGACCUGAAGGCUGUUGCCGACGCUCAAGGGGAUUCUCCCAAGAAAGAUCCUGCGCAGCAGAUUCAGCCACAAACUUACCGCCUCUUUGGAGGCUACAUGAAUAGCGUAGUAACAUACCAAGACGCGAACACGGCCUGGCUAUCAUCCGACAGUAUGCUGUCCUGGGUGACGUCAACCGUGUACGAGAGGUUCGCGGGCGGCGGCUACAUGGGCGGUGUGAAACUCGUUCGCGGAUACACCGAGCCGAAAAAGUCCAAGGAGGAAAAGCGGCCGUCGACCCCAGAGGGCACAAAGUCGACGUCGAAAGAACGUGACGACAAGACGUCCAAGGCUCUGAAGAGGCGGUCCGCGCCCCCAUCUAGCACAGGAUCGGAGGCCGGCGAUCCAAAAGAGGACGUCCAUGACAAUCUCCAAAGCACCCGAAACCGCCUGACACGACAGCUUUCGAACCUAGUGGAGAGAGCCGAGGACCCUGAGGCACAGGAAGAGGCUAUCCGCGAGCGCGAAGAGGAGGAAAUUUCGGAGGACUACAACACCAGAGUCGACGACAACCAGGGACGAGACAUUGAACACCUCGUGCUUGUUACUCAUGGUAUUGGGCAACUCCUGUCGCGCAGGAUGGAGAGCAUAAACUUUGUACAUGAUGUCAACAUGCUUCGCAAGACGAUGAAGUCGGUUUACUCGGCUUCGGCGGACCUACGCGCCCUCAACUCGGAGAUUGACGAACCCGGACUUGGGAACUCCCGUGUCCAGGUUUUACCCGUUAACUGGCGCCAUCUUCUCGAUUUUCCAAAGCGCAAGCCGAAACGGGGAGAGCGAGAUCUCGGGGAGUUACACGACGACGAGGACGACUAUCCUUCCCUAGAAGACAUCACGAUCGAGGGGGUUGCCUUUGCAAGAUCGCUCAUAUCUGACCUCGCCCUCGACGUUCUCCUCUACCAGAGUGCUUAUCGGGAGCAGAUUGUCGAGAUCGUGCUACGAGAGUCAAACCGUAUCUACAAAAUCUUCAAGGAGCGCAACCCCGAAUUCAAGGGAAAAGUGCACGUCGUGGGCCACUCGCUGGGCUCUGCGAUCAUGUUUGACAUUCUCUGCCGGCAGAAGGAGAAAACCCUGGUCACCGACUUUCCCAGGAACCCUCUCCGGUUCUGGCCUUCUCCAGACCGGUACGAGCCAAAGGAACAAAAAGAGCUGGCUUUCGAAUUUGAGGUAGACGACUUCUACUGCCUUGGCUCUCCCAUCGGGCUAUUCCAAAUGCUCAAAGGCCGCACCAUCUCCGCCCGGGACCUGCCCAACGCCCUCCCAUCCGAGAGCCCGCUCAACCCAGACUACAUGGAUGACCCUUUUCUGGACCUCCCUCCCCAAGCGUAUGCUAACCAACGCCUCUCGCCCAUCACCGGGCUACCCUUCAACGUCUCGUCUCCCAAAGUCGGCCAACUUUUCAACGUCUUUCAUCCUUCCGACCCCAUAUCGUACCGCCUCGAGCCCCUCAUCUCUCCCAUCAUGACUACUCUUAAACCCCAAGCCCUACCGUACACAAAGAAGGGCAUCUUUGGCUCCGUCGCACCACAGGGGCUCACCGGCAUUGGCGCCAAAGUAGGCCAGAGCGUUUCCGGGCUCUGGAGCAGUCUCAGUGCGGGGAUUGCCAGCAAUCUGCUCAACCGCAGCCUCGGGCUUACCAAUGAGGACGUGGCCAGGAUUACGGCAUCUCAACAGCAGCAGCAGCAACAGCAACAGCAACAGCAACAGCAACAGCAACAGCAAUCACAGCAGCAACAACCCUCAAGCCCUGGCGCAGGAACCAAUAUCUCGGCCGGGGUGAUCGCAGAUAGCGACGCCCUCUCUGAGGUGGAACGCAGCGAAAAGACGGCGGAGCGUAUGCGCAAGCUAGCUAGUGGCGCGGCGAACGGCGCCGGUGCGGGUGCGCUGAUUGAUGACGAGUUGGAAACGCUAUUUAGUACAUUCCAGAAGAGCCGGGCUGAUAUGGCGAGCACGAAUGCAAAGGAUGCUAGUAAAGAGUCGGGGAAGGACGCUACUAUCAGGGACUCCGUGACGCUCAAUCGGGAGAAGUGGGCGGAGGAGGAGCGUAAGGCGCAGAGGAUGAAGAGGGAGGAGAUGAAGAUCAGGGCGCUGAACCGAAACGGGAGGGUGGAUUACUGCAUUCAGGAGAGUGUUCUUGACUUCAACCCGAUCAACACCAUCGCUUCGCACAUGAGCUACUGGGCGGACGAGGAUGUCAGUCAUUUCAUGCUAUCACAGAUGUUGGCGAACAAGGCACAAAGUCCAAGGGGUUGACUUCCCAGUGUUGGGUCAUUGUGGCGUUAUCAGGGAACAAAGUCUCAGACGGCGAGGCUUACAUUAGAGGUUUAGAAGGCGUUAGAUACCUGGAUACCAACCAACCCAGCAGUGGGUGUUGCUUCUUUGUUCAGUUUCCAUAUCUCGAGUUUCCGUCGCCCGGUCGUUGAGGUAUCAUGGGCUACACCCCCCCUUUCCCCUCCAUCCCCCCAACAACAGUCCAACCCCUUCACUUUUAGCUAAACAACCCCCCCUCCACCAACCUCGACCACG